ACAACGAAGGCUGGAGAGAGCGCAUGAAGUGAGGAGUUGUUCAUCCUCAGCUCCAGAGGAAGUUAAAAAGAAAGAAAAAAACAGCAGCAGGGGUUCACCAGGUUUGACUUGAGGUCCGUGAAGCUGCACAUUUCUACCGAACCGAACCAAAUGCAGAGAAAGAGAUGCAUCUGGGCAAGGCUUUACUGUUUGUCCUCCUCCUCAACUGCGCAACUUUGAGCUCGUCCCUGUCGACUUGUGCCACCGUGGAUAUUGACCAUGUGAAGAGGAAGAGGGUCGAGGCGAUCCGGGGUCAGAUCCUGAGCAAACUGCGGCUGACGAGCCCUCCUCACUCCCUCGGACCGAAUAAAGUCCCGUAUCAGAUCCAGGCGUUGUAUAACAGCACCAAGGAGCUACUGGAGGAGCUCGGGAGGGACCGGCAGCAGAGUUGCGGUCAGGACAACACCGAGACAGAGUACUAUGCCAAAGAGAUAUACAAAUUCAACAUGGUCUACGGACCGCCAGAGAGUAACGAUGUGCUCUAUUGCCUAAAAGGCAUCACCUCUAAGGUUUUCCGCUUCAACAUCUCCGCCAUGGAAAGGAACUCAACCAACCUCUUCAGAGCGGAGUUUCGAGCUCUGAGGAUGCCAAACUCCAGCGCCAAGAGGAAUGAACAGCGGAUUGAGCUCUACCAGAUUGUGAGGCCAAAUGAACACAUCAGAAAACAACGCUACAUCGCAGCCAAGAAUGUGCUGACCAAGGGUACUCCAGAAUGGGUCUCCUUCGAUGUGACUGACACAGUGCGGGAGUGGCUGAUGAACAGAGGAAGUAAUUUAGGCCUGGAAAUCAGUGUGCACUGCCCCUGCCACACCUUCAACCCAAAUGGGGACAUCAUUGACAAUGAGCACGAGGUGCUGGAGGUUAAGUUCAGAGGCGUAGAUGAGGAGCAAAGUCGCUUGGAUCUGGAUCAGCUGAAGAAGAAGAAGGAGCAGUACCUGCCUCACCUCAUCCUCAUGAUGAUCCCGCCCCAUCGCUUGGACACUCAGUACACUCGCCGACGCAAGAGAGCCCUGGACACAAACUACUGUUUCUCAAACACGGAGGAGAGCUGCUGUGUUCGCAAACUCCACAUUGAUUUCCGACGUGACUUAGACUGGAAGUGGAUCCAUGAGCCCAGUGGUUACGACGCCAACUACUGCUCUGGGCCGUGCCCUUACCUGAGGAGCUCGGAUACGACACACAGCUCGCUGCUGAGUCUGUACAACACCCUGAAUCCGGAGGCAUCGGCUGCCCCCUGCUGUGUUCCUCAAGACCUGGAACCUCUCACUAUACUCUACUACUCCGGACGGACCCCAAAAGUGGAGCAGCUCUCCAACAUGAUUGUCAAGUCUUGCAAGUGUAGCUGAGAAGAGACUGGAUGGCGAGGUAGAGUGGCACGAUUUCUGCUCGGUACUGACCAAACCCAUGUGCUCCUUUGAACUCUUAGCUGUGACAAAUACUUAAACUGACCCUGUGGACUCGUUGCUUAGAUCUGGAAGGUCACACUUUUCUUUUUUUUUCUAAGGAUACAGAUUUUCUUAAAACCGGGGCUCAUCCUUUCCUUGUUUGGUAUUUUUUCCCCCCACCCCCUCAGUCUGUUCUUAGUUACGAGCAGUUAUUUUGAUCUUAAAAGGUGCAGCCCAAACAAAACGUAGUCUGACAAUCAAGGUCUCAAAAAUAUUUCUAGGUUUGUGACAAUGGACAGAACGCUCUUAAAGCUAGAUUACAGAGUCCUGUAUGAAUGGAAGAGACUUGCUCUGUGUUAUAUUUUCUACUUCAGAGCUCAAGCAAAUGUUCCACAAAGUCCGAGUUUACACUUUCAGUAGAGAAGCUUUUGUGUGUCUUGCCCUGGAGCAGCAUUGUUAAUAGUCACAACGUAGACGCCACUCUUCUGAACGGUUGAAGUGUCCUUUCUGACUGGAUUCCUCCCUUGAACUUGCCUUAAGCUCCAUUCCCUUCAAACAGUGGGCAUUAUCUUCAAUCACAAAAGGAGAAAGGACAGACUUGCUGCUGUAUCCAAAGCCAUAGCUGUGGUCAGGGAAAAGGAGAGCCGAAAGAGAAUGCCUGUUGGAUUUGCAAUGGAAAGUGAAUGAACAAAGAAGUUGAGCCAAGCUUUUCUUUUUUUGGCCAGCCAGCAGCAAUGGCCCUUUUUUUUGGUGCAUCUAAUAGAAUGGGUAGAAGAAGAAGAAGAAAGAGAAUAAGAAGGAGAAGGAGAAGAAGAGGGGACCUGUAUGCAAGGGAAGAACUACCAUGGAAACAAGCCAUGAGCUCACUGACUGCCAUUCACUGGAAGUUUUCAUCCCUAACAGGUUCAAAUUAUUUUUGGGACAUCAAAGAGUAUACUGGAAAAGAACAAGUCUUACGCAACAGUUUUUUGUUUUUAAUGGGAUUUCUUUUACAUUAAUAGCAGAUUUUGGUCUGUUAUGCAACUUGUCAUAUAGUGAUUUUUUUUCACUAACUGGGAUGAAAUUUGACGUAUCUCCAUUGGUGGAAACACAUUUAUAUUAAACCCAGAGUGCUGAUGCAUUUCCUUAAGAUGUAAAAAGGAACACAACUUUUUUUUUUUUUUGUCUUGUGCAUAAAAAUAACCUAAUUAUUUUUGACCUGUUGUAUUUGAUUAAGUUUAUGUUGGACGAAAAUCAUGUUGUAUUAAAAGUUGACUGUUCCCAGAAAAGUACAUCAGAGCACUUUUCUCCUGCAAUAACAGGACAUUUAAAGAAAUUGUAAAUACAGCUGUUUUAUUUCUUCUAUUUUCAAUCAUACUAUCCUACCACUAGAGAUGUUCCGAUACCAGCGUCGCAAAUGCCUCCGAUACCGACCAAAAUGUAGAGUUGGAUAUCGGCACGUAUGCAAUUCUAUGUAUAUCGAUCCGAUAACACGUUUUUAAAGUAUUGUAGUGUCACUAAACUGUUCAUCCACAGGGAGUGUCGCAUUAGCCAGAACUAGCUAAGAUGUCUGGAAUUUGGCAAUGUGUCAAGCUGGAAAGUCACAAGUCACAAGUAAAAUGGUACACUUCAGUUUCAAGGGGUGGCACUUGUGUAGCCAAUUACAGAACUUAUUAUAGGCCAAUUAUACAACAACAAUAGCAAUCAGUAUGAAGCAUACAGCUGUUAAAAUAAAAUACACAAGCUGGGGUUUUUUUUAUGCACUGGUAGCAGAUUGGUGCUUGUUAUUGGAAUCUGUGAGGGGGAAACGGAUAUCAGAACAUCUCUGCCAAUCAAUCAACUGUCAUCUUUCACUCAUACCAGCUGACAAGCAUGUGCACAUGCAGUCAGGACUCCUGUGUUCAUAAAACACUGCACUCUUUCAUUCCCUCUGCUCCGUCUCUGUUUGUUUUGGUGCUAUUUUACAGUGUGUGGCCCAAAUGGAACAACAGAACGAAGCAGGCGGGCGAACGAGGCAGUAACGUGACAGUGGCUUGGUGAACACUUAGACCUCCUCGUUCUCUGAGUCAGGAGGGUCAUUCUGAAUCCCUGUGGCGUUUGACAUUGACCCCGUCAGACUUAUCUGGCCUUUAGGUGACACAUUGUGAUGUUUUUCUUUUUUUUG